CAAGUCUUGGAAUCAUUCAAUCCUGUUUGUUUGACCCACUGAGGUUAGCUACCCACCAAGAAAACUCAACUGCAUUCACCCUCUUACCGAUCGCCAAAUAACCAUUUGUCUAUUUUAUAACACUUUGGCAUCACUUUUGUUGAUUCACACCACUUGUCACGCAACUUCCCUUCCCCACUCCCCCUUAAAAAACCCCUCCUCCUCACUUAUAACUGUCCUUCAACUCUCAAUCUCAGUACUACUGCUUUCCUCUACGUCUCUCUUCCGACUGGAAUUAGAAGAAAAAGUUGUUUGUUUUAUUGUGUUCGGAAAUCAGAUGGCUUUAGAAGCUCUCAACUCUCCAACAACACCUGCUACGCCUCCUUUCCAAUUUGAAGAUAGCAACUUACACUGCCUGGAAUCAUACACCAAGCGUAAGCGUUCAAAGCGGCCGCGUUUCGAUCAUGUUACCAACGAGGAAGAAUAUCUUGCUCUGUGUCUGAUCAUGCUCGCACGCGGUGGCGAAGCCAACUCAUCCAACACGUGUUCAAUCCCACACUGCCAUCGCUCUCCUACUCCAACCACCUCACUCCCACCAGCUUCAGCGCCUGCACCGAGCUCAACAGAGCAGAAGCUUAGCUACAAGUGCAGCGUUUGCAACAAGUCCUUUAACUCUUACCAGGCUUUGGGUGGCCACAAAGCCAGUCACCGUAAGCUUUCAGGUGGCAACGACGACCAGUCAACGUUAACAACCAGCUCUACGAUUGCCGGUGGAGUUAUUUUCCCGGCGUCAAACCCAAGCGGUAAGUCCCACGAGUGUUCCAUCUGCCACAAAAGCUUCCCUACUGGUCAGGCCUUGGGAGGCCACAAGCGAUGCCACUAUGAAGGUGGGGCUGGGAACAAUGCUACCGCUAGCGCCAGCGCCAGCGCCAGCGGCGUGACAUCUGAAGGAGUGGGAUCAACCAAUAACAUGAACCAUAUCAGUAAGAGGGUCGAGUUUGACCUCAACCUUCCGGCUUUGCCAGAAUUCUCACCGGCUAAUUUCUUAGUAGCCGGCGCUGAUGAUGAAGUGGAAAGCCCACACCCCGCUAAGAAGCCUCGUGGGAUGAUGCAAAUGCCACCCAAAAUUGAAGUCAACUAAACAAUUCUAAGUUAGAAGCCUUUUCUUUAGUUGCGUAGGGAUUAGUUAAAUUUUAGACCGGAUUGAAUGUAUUUCUUUUGAUAUUGUGAGACAUUGUUUCAUGACUGUACAUAGCACUUGAACGAUUCAAUUUGUGGCAAUGCUGCUGUGUUUAUUAUUAGUCAACUCAAUUCAAUUCAAUAC